AUGGCAUCCAAGACGGUGUCUGCGAAAAAGCAGCAAGGCGAGUUGCCCCUGAGAGAAGUCUGGAGAGAGAUCCAUGAUGAGCUUGCGCUAACCCUGACUGCAGAGCUGCAAACGACAUACUCAAAUUACAAGAACACGCUGCAGCAGCUGGCCACCAAGAUCGGUGACGUUGAGCAAGAAGCUGAAGAGCACAAGCUGGUCCUAGACACUCUGGAUCCACUGCCCGGAGACCGAAAGUGCUUCCGGAUGAUCAACGGCGUCUUGGUUGAGCGGACCGUCAAGGACGUCGUUCCCGCUCUCAAGACCAAUGCCGAUGGCUUGAAGAAGGUACUCGAUGACCUAGUCAAGCAGUACAAGACGAAGCAGGAUGACUUGGAGAAGUGGAAGAAGAAGAACAACGUCCAGGUCGUGCAACAAUGA